UUUUCCCCCCCCCCCCUUUGGUGAUGUUUGGUUUGGAGGGGUCCCCUGUAAACCCCCCAACAGCCCUUGUUUCAAAGAUCUGAGGAUUUUAGGGGGAAGAAAGAAGAUUUUUUUUCAAAAAAGGAGUGCUGAAAUCUCUUUUGGAAAGAAAAUAAUAGGAGGAUUUGGAAAGGGAAGGAAGCGAGUGUCAAGCUUUCAAAACUGCUAUAAGGUUGGCAUCUCCCAUUGUGCAGAAAAAAAAGGAUUCGCUCUCCACCACCAACGCUCUCACCACCAAGAAGCAGAUCUCUUCCUUUUUGUCUCCUUAAGAGAUCUGGGUGGAGAGAAGGUGGAAGAUGGCAAUGAAGCGACAGUGUCUGGUGGCCCUUUUCCUGGCUUUCAUUUUGCAGAACGGGACCUGCAAUGGAAUCAAAUGGCUAGCCUUGUUCAAAACUCCCUCCGCUCUCGCCUUGAAUCAGACGCAGCAUUGCAAACAGUUAGAAGGGCUGGUGGUCUCCCAAGUGCAGCUGUGCCGCAGCAACCUGGAACUCAUGCAAACCAUCAUCCAGGCAGCACGGGAGGUGAUCAAAACAUGCCGCAAAACCUUCUCUGACAUGCGAUGGAAUUGCUCCUCUAUCGAGCUGGCACCCAAUUACCUGCUAGAUUUGGAGAGAGGUACCAGGGAGUCUGCUUUUGUGUAUGCCCUCUCCGCCGCAGCCAUCAGCCACACCAUUGCAAGAGCCUGCACCACCGGGGACCUCCCUGGCUGCUCCUGUGGUCCCAUCCCAGGUGAGACACCUGGACCUGGGUAUCGCUGGGGAGGAUGUGCUGACAACCUCAACUAUGGUCUUGUCAUGGGGUCCAAAUUUUCAGAUGCUCCCAUGAAGAUGAAAAAAUCAGGAUCACAAGCCAAUAAGCUGAUGCAUCUGCACAACAGUGAAGUAGGGAGACAGGCUUUGAAAACGUCUCUGGAAAUGAAAUGCAAAUGCCAUGGAGUGUCUGGAUCUUGCUCAAUCAAGACUUGUUGGAAAGGGCUCCAGGAGCUGAGAGACAUUGCCCUGGAUCUGAAAAACAAAUACCUUUCAGCCACAAAGGUGGUACAUCGCCCAAUGGGGACUCGCAAGCAUCUCGUCCCCAAGGAUCUUGAUAUCCGCCCAGUCAAGGAGACGGAAUUGGUUUACCUGCAAAGCUCGCCUGACUUCUGCAUGAAGAAUGAGAAAGUGGGCUCCCAUGGGACCCAAGACAGGCAAUGCAACAAACAUUCCAAUGGGAGUGAUAGCUGUGCCAUGUGUUGCGGCCGUGGCUACAACCUAAUGGACAAAGUGGUGGAGCGGUACUGCAAAUACCACUGGUGCUGUUACGUCACUUGCAAAAUGGAGAGGACUGUUGAGAGAUAUGUGUGCAAAUGA